UUUUAUUUCUAGAAACUUGAAUGAUAUGACGACAACAUUCUUUUUUAUUCUGAUAUUCCUGUUCUUCCGAUGUUUUGCCGAUGAGUGCAAAAAAGGAACAUUUGGAAAUAAAUGUAUUAAGAAAUGUGGAAAAUGCUUAAAUAUAACACAAUGCCAUCAGAAGAACGGGACCUGUUUAAAUGGAUGUAAACCUGGGUAUCAAGGUCGCAGAUGCAAACGAAAUUGUAUAUUGAAUACGUAUGGAAUGAAUUGCAGCAUGAAAUGUGGACGUUGUAAACAAAAACAAGAUUGCAAUCACAUAACUGGAAUUUGUAAAAAAGGAUGCAAGAAAGGCUUUCAAGGCGAUAAAUGCAACAAAGAAUGUGAUCUAAACACGUUUGGAAAAAAAUGUACAAGCAACUGUGGACAUUGCGUUAAUAAUGAAACGUGUAAUCACAUCGAUGGCAAGUGCAUGAAUGGGUGUGCUAAUGGGUUCCAGCGGCCAAAAUGCAAUACAGAAUGUCCAGACGGUAAAUAUGGUCAAAACUGUCGGGAAAAGUGCAGCACAACUUGUAAUAGUUGUAAUAAAAAGUCAGGAGUUUGUGAAUACGGCUGUAAACCAGGAUGGAAAGGCGACAAUUGUGAAACGGUAUGUCCAGAUGGCUUUUUUGGUCGAAACUGUGUGAACAGAUGCAAUGAAACCUGCAUCAGUUGUAAUAAAAAGUCGGGAGUUUGUGACAAUGGUUGUAAACCAGGAUGGGAAGGAAAUUAUUGUCAAAACGAGUGUCAAGAAGGUUUUUUUGGUCAAGACUGUAAGCAAAAAUGCCAGGAAUCCUGUAAUGAUUGUAAUAAAACAUCAGGAGCAUGUGAGAACGGCUGCAAAGCAGGCUGGAAAGGCAUUUUUUGUCAAAACAAAUGUGAUGAUUGGCUUUUUGGAGAAAACUGUGCCAAAUUUUGUGGUCAUUGUUCUGGAUACAAAACGUGUAAUCAUGUAACUGGAAUAUGUUUGAAUGGAUGUCAACCAGGCUAUAUGGGAGAAGACUGCCUAAAAAAAUGUGAACCUGGAUUAUUUGGUGUAAACUGCAGCUCUGGAUGUGGACACUGCUUCAAAAAUAAAUCCUGUCAUUUUGAAACAGGAGUUUGUUUUGAAGGAUGUGAACCAGGCUACAGAGGAAACAACUGCAAAGAGAAAUGUGACGAUGGACUUUUCGGUAUUAACUGUAGCACACCAUGCGGCCAUUGCUUUGAUAACCAAACCUGUCACCAUAUACACGGAAGCUGUAUUAAAGGUUGUGAAGUUGGAUAUAGGGGAAUCAAAUGCACGGAAGGUUGUCCGACGGGUGCAUUUGGAAGGAACUGCAACAAAACUUGCAGUAUUAAUUGCAAAAACAGGAGUAUCUGUGAAAAAGAUACAGGUCACUGUAUUGAUGGAUGUGCAGCAGGAUGGAUGGGUGACAUUUGCAACAAAAAGUGUGAUAACAACAUGUUUGGAGAAAACUGCGAGCAGAAAUGUGGUCACUGCGCUAAUUCCUCCACCUGCAAUCCUCUCAACGGAUCCUGUUUAACUGGUUGUGAUUUAGGAUUUCAAGGUCCUCUGUGUAAUGAUGAGUGUAGCAACGGCACGUUUGGUUACAAUUGUAUGGAUAAUUGCAGUUCCCGUUGUGUCGACGGAAUUUGUGACAUAAGAUCCGGUGCUUGUAAAAAGAUAGAAUUACGGGCAGAUAAUCGAAGUGACAACAAAAACAAUGCAACAUUUAUUAGCGUAGGCGCUGUAUUCCUUGUCAUCAUCAUCGCAGUGGUUAUUUUAGUUGUCGUGAAACGAUCUCGGAGAAGCAAAACUAAACCUAAAAAGAAAACAUUGGAAAAAAGCCAGUGUGGAUCUGAGAUGAAAUGCAUUGGACAAGCAAACGGCUUAAAGAUGGACAACAAAGGUGAAACGGCACCUGUAUAUGACGGCUUUAAUUCUAUAAUACCCACGGAUUCCAAUUAUUCUAAUAUUAACAUCAACACAACUCUAGAUAUACCUAUUGAAAAACUUGAGAUUGUCAUUGCGGAGAAGAGAAAGAACGAUAACGAGGGCUUCCGAAAAGAAUAUGCGGCCCUUCCAAGUGGUGAACUACACUCUUGUGAAUUUGGAAAAAAGCCAGAAAAUGUUCCUAAAAAUAGAUAUAAAACAACUUUUCCUUAUGACCAUUCUCGGGUGGUUCUCGAUAUUCAAAGCAGUGAAAUUUCGGACUAUAUUAAUGCGAAUUAUAUAGAGGGGGCGAACCGACAAAAAGAAUACAUAGCUACCCAAGGACCAAAGUCAAAUACUCUUGGAGAUUUCUGGAGAAUGAUUUGGCAAGAAAACGUAUCUUCAGUUGUCAUGGUGACAACUCUUGUUGAAGGAGAAAAGGUCAAGUGCAAUAAAUACUGGCCGGAUAAGGACAACCCUGCGCUCUACGGUCCAGUGCAGGUCACGCUUAUGGAAGAGAAAGAAUACGCGUGUUUCACAACUCGCCAACUUUCAGUGCUCCACAAAAAGCUCAAAUGUACACGUGUAGUAACACAAUAUCACUACACUGCCUGGCCGGAUCACGGGGUUCCAGAGCCGCUGGGUUUGCUUGCAUUCCAUAACCACGUCAUAAACACAUCAGCAAUCAAAAGUCAAAGUCCAACGAUUGUACAUUGCAGCGCUGGUGUAGGACGAACAGGUACUUAUAUAGCAUUGGAUGCGCUCUUUCAAAUCGGCAAGAGAACUGGAAAAGUGAAUGUUGCUGAAUUUGUGACGAAAAUGAGACAAAACAGAGUCUCAAUGAUACAAACAUAUGAGCAAUAUAUUACGGUAUACCUUGCCUUGAACGAAAGUUUUAAAGCACCCAUUAAAGCGGAUACUAUGAUUGAAUUUCUUAACAAAGCAGAGAAAGCGAGGAAAAAUAUCCCGGUCAAUCAAAACCCACUUCACGAUGAAUUUCAGCUUCUGUUAAAAACUCGUCAAAAUUAUUCUAAAGAUGAUUACAAUUCUGCAACACUUGAUUCUGGAGAUGACAUUUUGCCUCUGAAGAAAUACGGUCUUUAUCUCUCACCUAGCAGAUCAACACGAAACAAUUACAUCAAUGCAAUAACAGUGCCGUCAUUUACCAAUCUUCAGCAUUUUAUUGUGACAAGAUAUCCAUUGGAAAAGAACGCUUUGAAUCUUCUACGUCUGUUGAGUGACCACGAGUCUGAUACAGUCAUCUCUUUGCAACCACUGUCUGAUAUCAAAUCGGCCAAAGCGUGGUUACCUACUGUAUCAUCAUCCUUAAAGAUUCCGCCGUUUACAGUACAUCAUCGAUCGGAAUCUCAGACUGAUGUCAUAACUCACGAGAUCCAAAUUGCUCAUGACAAUGCGGAAAUACGUACAGUGAUGAUUGUUGAACCUGAAGUUGAAAUACAGUGUUCUGGAAGUUCUGUUGACACGUCCCAGCUUAGAAGCUUGGUAUCGACGGUUCUUCAUUUAAAAACAAAACAACCAAUUACUAUUUUGAGCAGUGACGGUGCCUCCCUUUGUGGAUUGUUCAUCGCCGUCCAUAACGUCAUCCAACAGAUGAACAUGGAUGACAGAGUGGACGUAUUCACCGCCGUCAGACAGCUACAGAUUAGACGGCCGGAGUUCUGUGCCAGAUUUGAAGACUACGAAACAAUUUAUCAAGCGGUUAUGAACCACUACCAAAAUUCAUCAGAAAACAUAUAUUGCAACCAAUAAUAUUUUUUACACAUUUAAUUAUAGUAACUGGAAAUGUAAACAAAAAAAAAACAA